GGCUGAUGUCGACGUCUUGUUAGUAAUUUCAGUGGUCUGUCAAAGUUUGCGAAAGGUCGUUCUGACGUGUCCCGUAAUGGGAUGUCCUCAGAUCUUUGUUUAGCGGCACAAGAACUUAAAUCUGAUUUUAAUGAGAUUGCAGAUUCAGCAAUCAUUGAUUUAUUUGCCAGUUGUGUGUUGUAGGAUCAAGUGGUAUUCUGAUAUAUCACCAUUAUGGGCAAUAGUACUCACUGCGGACUGAACUCCGUGGGGAGUAUACAUAGCCACGAACUCUCUUAGUCUGCAUGCAGCACAUCGUCCCUCUUCCUCCUGAAGCCUCUGUGGUUUGGGUGUAAUAAUAAACACAUACAAGAUCAGAGUUCUGCACAUGUUAGUCACUGAGAUGUCAAAUUCACCAGUGCUACAGAGUAACCCUUGUUUUGCAAAUAUGUCACUAAUUUCUGUCUCUUUUAUUCUGUGAUGGUCAACAAAAAGGGAGGUUUACGUUUAACAUUUGCCACUAGACACCCAGUCUAUCUUGAAUUUAGGGUGACUGGUCUUGAUGACUGGAACUUGUCAAGUGGUCCACCAUAUUUGUAGAACCGUUAGUAUUGUACCUAAGUACUCAGUUGCAUGAUAAGCCAGUGCUAGACCAAGCACUGGUGUUACCUGGAGGUCUGCCUUGUUUCAAGCCUGUGAUGUGGCUGAUCUGAUAUAGCAGAAUAAAACAGUUGAAAGAUUUAUGCCAGCAAAGCUGCAUUUACAUUCACUCACUGACUGACUGCACCCAAAUGAUGCAUUCUGACAGUCAGGAUUUCAUGUGUGGUACAAGGUUUUGUAUAGUGAUUCGGAACUGAAAAUUUAGCAUUUAUGUGGAAAAGCAUAUUGUGUUAGAUAUGUUGUAGAACAACCUCAUUAUUAUUACACCCGUACCACAUUGUCCAACUGAUGUUACUUACUCUCUUGAAGUGAAAGGCAUUGUUCAACUGAUGUUACCCUCUUGAAGUGAAAGGCAUUGUUCAACUGAUGUUACCCUCUUGAAGUGAAAGGCAUUGUUCGACUGAUCUUACUCUCUUGAAGUGAAAGGCAUUGUUCAACUGAUGUUACCCUCUUGAAGUGAAAGGGAUUGUUCAACUGAUGUUACUCUCUUGAAGUGAAAGGCAUUGUUCGACUGAUGUUACUCUCUUGAAGUGAAAGGCAUUGUUCAACUGAUGUUACCCUCUUGAAGUGAAAGGGAUUGUUCAACUGAUGUUACUCUCUUGAAGUGAAAGGCAUUGUUCAACUGAUGUUACUCUCUUGAAGUGAAAGGCAUUGUUCAACUGAUGUUACUCUCUUGAAGUGAAAGGCAUUGUUCGACUGAUCUUACUCUCUUGAAGUGAAAGGCAUUGUUCGACUGAUGUUACUCUCUUGAAGUGAAAGGCAUUGUUCGACUGAUGUUACUCUCUUGAAGUGAAAGGCAUUGUUCGACUGAUUUUACUCUCUUGAAGUGACUUGAAGUGAAAGGCAUUGUUCAACUGAUGUUACUCUUUUGAAGUGAAAGGCAUUGUUCAACUGAUCUUACUCUCUUGAAGUGAGAAUCUUGAAAGACUGUUUGACUAAGGCAACACUGCCACUGUCAAUAUACAUGUAACUCACUCAUGGAAGUAUUAACAUAAUACUUAUUUAUGCCCCACAUUGUUUCAUAUGGCUCAGACUGGACCACCAUCUUGGAGGGUUAUUGUAUUGUCGAUUGCUGACAUUGUUUGAGAAGGACUUACCCCCUUGCAUGUCCAAGAGAAAUCCUCACAGACUGAAAUGUUCAUGAUGUUGAUACUAUGUUAAAGUUUGUUGUUAGAAUUUGUGCAGUGAGAUCUUAGGCUACGUCCAUGUUUAGCAAGGCGUAUAUCCUGCAGUGAGAUCUCAGGCUACAUCCAGGUUUAGGAAAUUGUAUAUCCUGCAGUGAGAUUGUAAGUUACAUACAGUUUAGCAAGGCGUAUAUCCUGCAGUGAGAUCUUAGACUACAUCCGUGUUUAGCAAAUUGUAUAUCCUGCAGUGAGAUCGUAAGUGACAUCCGUGUUUAGCAAGGCAUAUUUCCUGCAGUGAGAUCGUAAGUGACAUCCGUGUUUAGCAAGGCGUAUUUCCUGCAGUGAGAUCUUAGGCUGCAUCAGUGUUAAUAUGUCCUGCAGUGAGAUCGUAAGUUAAUUCAGUUUUUCGUAUACCACGUUCCUGAAGUGAGAUCGUAAUUUACGUAAGUGUUAAUAUAUCCUGCAGUGAGAUCGUAAGUUGAAUCAGUUUUUUGUAUGGCAUGUAUCCUACAGUGAAAUUGUAAGUUACAUUAGUGUUAUUAUAUCCUGCAGUGAGAUUGUAAGUUACAUAAGUGUUGUUAUUUCCUGCAGUGGAUAGUAAGUUACAUCCGUGUUUAGUACGCCGUAUUUCCUGCAGUGAGAUCAACACCAUGUCAGUGUAUAGUACGCUGUGCGAGCAGUAGUGAUGAGGGAGACUGACAGCCCGAAGGGACUACAGUAGUGCCAGUACUUGUGUUGAGAACCUCCAGUGCUCACAUUGCAGUAAUGCAGAAGAAAUAAUGCAGUUACGAUUGUCAUCAUCGAGAGUUCAUCACCUUUUUGUGUCAACCAAAUAUUUAUAGCAUACUUAUAAAAAACAACAACUUGGUUUAAGGCCAGGGGGUAGGACCCUCAGAUUGCUGUGUGCUUUACCUCCGUUUCUUCAAUCGGGCGACUGUACAGAUGGAGCAUGUUGGACAUGCACCAUGCAAUGUAUAAAGGACAAGUGUUUCACAUGUCGUACUAUGUGGUGCUGCUUGACUGGUCUGACCUCAUUUGUUGCUAAAUCUAGUACUAUUCUUUCACUCCUCACUGUUUCUGGUCUUCUUACAGUGGGCAUGGAGCCUGCUCCAGAAAGCCAUCCUCGUGCCGGAAUGUACCAGUGUUAAACAAUGGGAGUUGUUGCAGUGACCAUAAGUCAGUGUUAAAGUAUGGGAGUUAUUGCAGUGACCAUAAGUCCGUGUUAAAGUAUGGGAGUUAUUGCAGUGACCAUAAGUCAGUGUUUAAGUAUGGGAGUUAUUGCAGUGACCAUAAGUCAGUGUUAAACAAUGGGAGUUAUUGCAAUGACCAUAAGUCAGUGUUUAAGUAUGGGAGUUAUUGCAGUGACCAUAAGUCAUUGUUAAACUAUGGGAGUUAUUGCAGUGAACAUAAGUACUAUAGGCUGAAGAUCUUAGAGCUAUGGUUGUCCUAAACAUAAAAAAUGUGCCUGUAUGUAGCCACCAUUUCUAAGCCAUGAGAUUGUGUUUUAUAGCUGUUUUGGCAAAAGCUGAAAUACAGAAAAAUGAUACUGUCCCGAUUGACUGUUGUUUCUUACUAUGCAUGCUGAUGGGUGUUCCCAUCAUUCUGUCCCUCUUUCCUUGUCUACAACAGUCAUGCAUAGUUCUUCCCUCGUACCAGGGCGGUCGGGUAGCCUAGUGGUUAAAGCGUUCGCUCGUCACGCCGAAGACCCGGGUUCGAUCCCGACAUGGGUACAAUGUGUGAAGCCCAUUUCUGGUGUCCCCCGCCGUGAUAUUGCUGGAAUAUUGCUAAAAGCGGCGUAAAAUCAUACUCACUCACUCUUCCCUCGUACCCCUGUGUGGAUCCCUUUCAGAAAUGGCCUUCACAUCAACCAGUGCUUGUUGUAAGAGGCAACUCUGUGGAUCGGGUCAUUUGUUUACUUGGUUGAUUGCGUGACAUCAUACCCCCACGUGGAUCCCUGCUCACAAUAUCAAUCAUUUGUUUGUCUGGUCCAGACACAAUUAUUUACAGGUCUUUGCAUAUAGCUGGAAUAUUGCUGAAUGUGGCCUUAAAAACCAAACAGCAUCCCUCAUACCACAUCACCUUGGCAACCCUCAUUAGCACCUGUCUAUAUCAUGCCUACUGAUUUCCAACGACAUCACCGUGGUAACCUUUACCACCGCCACUUCAGUCUCCUCCGUGAUGUCUCACCAUUGUCUGCCACCUGUGGUAUAGCUGGACUUACAUUGUAUCUUUGUCAGUGUUUGCAUUCUCUGUGUCACUCAGAAGACAAUCAAUAAUUGCAAUGUUGAUAAAGGUUUGGAGUAUAUCGAUUGAUUGAAUGAUUGAUAAAGAUGACCUGCAUAACGUCUUAACCAGGAAAUGACACUACCACUGUUAUACAGUAGAUGCCUACUGAUGCCCCAUCUGCCCAAGUGGCACAUGACACUGUUAUACAGUAGAUGCCUACUGAUGUCCCAUCUGUCCAAGUGGCACAUAACACUGUUAUACAGUAGAUGCCUACUGAUGCCCCAUCUGUCCAAGUGGCACAUAACACUGUUAUACAGUAGAUGCUUACUGAUGCCCCAUGUGUCCAAGUGGCACACAACACUGUUAUACAGUAGAUGCCUACUGAUGCCCCAUCUGUCCAAGUGGCACAUAACACUGUUUUACAGUACAUGCCUACUGAUGUCCCAUCUGUCCAAGUGGCACAUAACACUGUUAUACAGUAGAUGCCUACUGAUGUCCCAUCUGUCCAAGUGGCACUUAACACUGUUAUACAGUACAUGCCUACUGAUGUCCCAUCUGUCCAAGUGGCACAUAAAACUGUUAUACAGUAGAUGCCUACUGAUGCCCCAUCUAUCAAAGUGGCACAUAAGGCUGUUAUACAGUACAUGCCUACUGAUGUCCCAUCUGUCCAAGUGGCACAUAACACUGUUAUACAGUAAAUGCCUACUGAUGCCCCAUCUGUCCAAGUGGCACAUAACACUGUUAUACAUUAGAUGCCUACUGAUGCCCCAUCUGUCCAAGUGGCACAUAACACUGUUAUACAGUACAUGCCUACUGAUGUCCCAUCUGUCCAAGUGGCACAUAACACUGUUAUACAGUAGAUGCCUACUGAUGUCCCAUCUGUCCAAGUGGCACAUAACACUGUUAUACAGUAGAUGCCUACUGAUGCCCCAUCUGUCCAAGUGGCACAUAACACUGUUAUACAGUACAUGUCUACUGAUGUCCCAUCUGUCCAAGUGGCACAUAACACUGUUAUACAGUAGAUGCUUACUGAUGUCCCAUCUGUCCAAGUGGCACAUAACACUGUUAUACAGUAGAUGCCUACUGAUGCCCCAUGUGUCCAAGUGGCACAUAACACUGUUAUACAGUAAAUGCCUACUGAUGCCCCUUCUGUCCAAGUGGCACAUAACACUGUUAUACAGUAGAUGCCUACUGAUGUCCCAUAUGUCCAAGUGGCACAUAACACUGUUAGUAGAUGCCUACUAAUGUCCCAUCUGGGUAAGUCAAAGGAAAACUUUUUGAAAAUAUGAAAGCAUAAUUGACAUGUAGUUUAAUGUUCAUGACAAAAAUAGCAUUUUUUUCACAAUUGAAUUAAUUCAUUUGUUAACAAUGUUUGAAAUAAUCAGACCAUUUGUUCAGGGUGAUAUCCAAGAAUCUGAACUAGUCAUUUAAUGGUUUGAACAUGGUAAACACUGUCCACACCCGAGCAUUUCUGCACAUGGUGUGACUGGAGGCUUACAGUUCCACAGUAGUGAUGGUAUGCACCAUUUCAUGCUCUUGUGUACUAUGGAUAUGAGAAACAUCAAAUGGGGCAGUUUGGUAGCACAGUGGUUGAGGUGUUUGCUUGUCAUGCUGUAGAUGGAGGUUCAGUUCCCUAUUUGGGCUCAGUCUUGCUGUGAUAUCGCUGGAAUAUUGCCUGAAAGCGGCAUUAACCUUAACUCACUCCUGGGCCCACUUGCACAAAGCGAUCUUAGCGCUAAGAUGAUCUUAACUCCCAUACUUUAACAUAGGCUUACAAUAGUCUUAGCGCUAAGAUCGUUUUGUGCAAGUGGGCCCUGUUCUGUAAGAAGGGGACUGAAAUGUGGAGAUGUAUUAACAUCGGGACUUUUCUGUGGUAGUAGUCCAAGUUCCCCUUUUAUGUUUAUCUGUACUGUAAGGGGCAAGUUUGGUCGGUCUGGGUUAGUGCUGGUAUAUCUGUACUAUGAGGGGCAUUGUGGUCAGUCUGGGUUAGGGCUGGUAUCAUAACGGGAUCUGCUUCGCAAAAUGAGUUUUAGAACUAUGUUGAAGCCAUAAUGUGGAACCGAUCCCAGGUAACAAAGAUUGUAUACUUGCAAUGGUAUUAACAUUAAGUCUGUGAAACAAGUAGAAACAAUUAAGUGCCUAUGAACCAUUUAUUUAUGUUAUUUCACAUAAGUUAUGGUGCUUUACAGAUAACAAGAUAAUCUAUAGUUUCUGUAAAAUGUCAUUGCUGGACCAAUGGCGUAUUGAUGCGAUUGUGUUAGUGCCGAUAUAUCAUGUAGUAGAUUUAGAACAGAACACUUGUUUGGACUAUGGUGUCAUUGGAUAAUUCUCUGUACAAUAAUCUAACACAUUGGAGACAGGUUUGUUCCCCAGAGGUGAGGACAUGUAUUGACAUGAUACCAGCUCUAAAAUAUGCAAUGUUGAAGGGCUCAAUUUUGUUUGAGAAUAAGUCCAGAUUUCUUAUUUAUGAAGUUGAUAUCUGUAUGUUCUGUGAAGUAAGUUCCCAUUGCAAUGUAGUUGAAAACAAUCAACUUCUGUAUGAUUAAUAAAAUGCAAAUUAAGAAUGUAAAA